UAAGCCAACACUGGCUCACUGUCAAAAUCGUUUGCGUGUACUCGAUUUCGCCGCAUACGGCAUUUCCAUCAUUUUUACAUAUUAAUUAUUAGUUUAAGUACUUUAUUGUUACCAUUAGAAGAAAGACAGGAUGAUGCACUCACUGGUCUUCGUUGUUUUAGCGCUAAUCAGCUGUCUGCCUAAUAACAAUGCUGUUCAGAAUAACUAUGUGACAUGUGGGUCCAUACUGAAAUUGCUCAAUUCGGACUAUGCGUAUCGACUGCACUCCCAUGAUGUGAAGUAUGGAUCUGGAUCUGGCCAACAGUCGGUGACGGGUGUUGAACAGAAGGAGGAUGUCAACAGCCACUGGGUGGUCAAGGCGCAAACCAAGAAGCUUUGCGAGCGCGGUGAGCCCAUUGCAUGUGGUGCCACCAUAACCUUGGAACAUUUGACCACCAAAAAAAACCUGCACUCGCAUCACUUCUCAUCGCCGCUCUCGGGCGAGCAAGAGGUGUCCGCAUAUGGCGUCGAUGGAAUCGGCGACACCGGUGACAAUUGGGAGGUCGUUUGCGCCAACGAUAGCUGGAUGCGAGAUGCACACGUAAGACUGCGCCACGUGGACACUGGCAUGUAUCUGGGCAUGUCGGGACGGUCUUAUGGUCGACCCAUUUCUGGCCAAAUGGAAAUCGUGGGUCUGCACAGUCCACAACAUGGAACACGUUGGACUACCUCUGAAGGACUCUAUAUCGUACCAAAGGACAAGGAGUCGACGCACGAGGAGUACGCUCACACGGAACUGUAGUUACAGACCAGGAUAAGAUUUUUACGAUUAGUUGAUUACCUCUAAUUUAGCUGAAUUUUUGUAAAGCGAACCAGUUUGCUUGCAUUAAAAAAAGAACAAGUAAA